UGAGCAUGCCAGUUCUUUAAGACGCAAACCCGCUGUCCCAAUCCAACUUUUCUCAAACGGCCGCAACGAUACCUUCUCCUCGCAACUUCAACGAAGGCUCUCGCCAUGUCACCGUCAAAGACAGACCGCAACACCCCGCCUGGUAUCAAGGACGAAAAACACCGCACGAUCGUGAACAAAAACACAGGAGAGACAAUCACAUGGACAACAUACGGAUAUGAGAGCGAGGGAAAGGAAGCAAACGCCAUCCUCGUGUGCAAACCAGGCGGCGGCCCACCCCUCCACUACCACACCAGCUAUGCCGAGCGGUUCGAGGCGGUCGAGGGCGAACUGGGCGUGAUUUUGGGCAACAGAGAACCCAUGCAUUUGAAGCCGGGGGAAUCGGCCGACAUCCCCAUCGGCACCAGCCACCGCUUCUUCAAUGACGGAGACAAGGACGUCACCUUCAAGGGCUUCGUCCUGCCGGCGCACGCAGGCUUCGAGAGGAGCCUUUACAUACUCUUCGGCUUGAACAACGAUGGUCUGGCGGAUGCGGAGACGGGCAUGCCGCACAGCAUCUUGCACACCGCUCUGAUCGGGGAGAUGAGUGACAUGAGGUUCCCGGGCUUCCAGGGCGGGUUGAUGAAUUAUGUCGGCAAAGUUCUGGCCGUGUACGCGAGGUGGACGGGCGUUGAGGAUGAGUUGUUGAGGAAGUACUGGGAUUGAUUUCCAUUCAGCGGCGUUUCGGAACUAGCAGACUUGUAAGGGGCCUUAAAAGGCGUAGGAACCACCAUGGGGAGUUUGGAAGUCCAUCGUCCCCUUGUAAUCGGAAAGAUCAUCUCCUGGAUAGCCAUUUCGAUUCUCAGCCGACUGUCUCCAAUCACGUGGGAUGUGUCGAACAUGUUUUGGAGAUUACACUCUUGACUGAGACCAUUAGCAGGUUCGAGCU